UUUAUUUAUACAUAUGUCUGUGUACUGGAAGCGUAUGUGACACUAAAAACAAACAAAUAAAUAAAUAAUAAGCACUUUGAUUCUGUUUUAUUGUCCACCUUUAGCUGGAUUCAAGCACUAACAGGGACCCACGUCGCACUUUUCUGACGUAACACUUCCUGUUUGGGUUCCAACACAACAAUCAUGGCGGAAUUAAACCGACAACUUCAGGAAUAUUUAGCUCAGUCAAAGAGCGGUGCGAAGACAAUAUCUCAGUCGAGCUCCAGCACCACUGUGAACGUUGAUGAAGCCGACAGCGGUGCACCGGACAGCUGGUUCGGUCGGUGGUCGAGUCCGUUCUCGGGUCGUAGCGGAUCUUCCACAGGCCCGAGCUCGAGCAGCGGGUUUUCCUGGCCGUGGUCUGCGGAGCCUGAUCCGUGUCUUCCGGGCAUGAGUCGGUCUCAGCGGCUGGUCGCAUUCGGUGUGUGUAUCUUGUUCUCGGCUCUGUGUUUCGGCCUGUCCGCUCUUUAUGCGCCGCUGUUGUUACUGAAGGCGCGGAAAUUCGCUCUGUUGUGGUCGCUCGGCUCGCUUUUUGCGCUGACCGGCGCCGCCAUCCUCCGCGGUCCAAGCCGCAUGAUCGCCUCCCCGUCCUCGGGGGCCGUGAUAUACCUGUGCUCGCUGGGAGCGACGCUGUACGCCGCGCUGGGGCUCCACAGCACCAUGCUCACGGCCCUCGGAGCCUUCGUGCAGAUCGGCGCUAUAGCAGCCUACGUACUGUCUCUGGUGCCCGGUGGCAGCGCAGGGAUGCGGUUUGUCGGUGGAAUGGCUGCAUCGGCCAUCAAAAGGACAGUGACCGGCAAAACCAUGCCGAUAUGAGCACAAACUUUAGCACAAACCUCAGGACUAAACACUAAUCGGUUUUAAAUCUUCAGCUGCUCGGUGUAUUAAUGUGGUGUGCAGACCAACAGUGUUUCAUCAUCUUCGUGCAAUGACGAGUUCCUGUAUUAAUCUGGAUGAACUGGAAGCACAUUCGGAUCGUUCAGCUGUGAAAAGAGGACCGACGCAGCUCUUAUGCACAUCUAACAGUUUGUAAAUAAAGUCAUGGAGAUUAA